GAUGAGGUUCAAAGCUUCUUGAUGGAAAUAUCAAAUUUUACCUGCUUACUGAAUUUCUUCUCCGAGCUCGCAAACAGGCCUGCCCAAAAUAUGGAGAGAAAGGACGAGAGGAAGCGAGAGCGGAUGGUUGUUGAAAUACAGGAACAGUGCACCUAUAUUCGCGAUAAGAUGGAAUACCUAGUUGAUCGCUUCGCUGUACUAACUAAAGGAAAUAUGACGCCAGGGCCUCCUAGAAAGGAUCAAAUAUCUUCUAGACAAACCAGACAUCAGAGACUUGCGCCUGAGUCUCCAGAUCUCAGCAUUAACAGUGAAUUGCUUGACAACGCUUUUCGCAUGGGAAGAAGCGACAAUGAAGGACAACGCGCGCGCUGCAUCUUUGCUAGAGCAGCUCAAGAACUUGCUCCCCAUGGCCAAAAAAGCGAGCAGCGAGCUAGCGGAAUACCAGAGGAAGCACGGGACCACGUACGAGUCCGGGGUACCUGGCCCGAACAACGCGAUGCUGGCCGCCUCGGAGGAGGUACUGCGACAAAUCGCCCAUGCCAUCAGACCUUACUCACACUCCGAGACUGCUGCUAUGCGGAAAGAAAAGCGCCGCGUCAGUCCUGUGGUUGAACGAAGCAGCCAGUCCGGAUCAUGGGCACCACCCAAUGAGCCUGAGGGCUUGGCCACCGACAGUGCCGAGUAUUCACCUCGCCGAAGGCAGAAUCGCGUGUCAUUCAAGACAUCUGACAAUGCGAUGAAUCUUCACAUUGUCGAUGGUAGCUUAAAAACAACCCAUGACAACGAUCUCACGCCAAAGACGAGCACCCCUGGAUUACAACCACCGUCCGACAAACCUCCAAUCGUAGGCAGUAAUAGGGCGAGCUAUACUUCUGAACUGGACACGGGUGGACCAUCAUUUGGCAAAGAUAAACAAAUUGAGGCCGAUGAAGCGAUCCAAGGAAGCGUUGUCUCCUCGCUACUCUACGAAGUACGGCCAAAGCCCCGGAGGGAAGAUUACAUCUUGGAGGUACCAGACCCGACGAAGCCGCGAGUUCACCCACGCAUCAGGCGUUCUCACGGCGUCUUUUGCGUAAUAUGCAACGAAGCACACUCACCCGACAAAUGUCCAGAACGCAACAAGCGCGCAUCAAGUAGCAAGACCAUCCGAAAUACGGGCGAGAUUAGUCCAAUGCCAGGAAUCAGCGCCAGGACCAGCCGCGAGGACACGCGCUAUUCUCCCGCAGAGCAAGCAAACUACUCUAUCCCGGUACCGACGGAGAGCGAAGCAAGCGGGCAGUCAGACAGGGACGCCGACAACCCCCGUUGGAGCCGCACAAGCCUGCCUCUCCCCAGCUCCAAAAGCAGCAGUCCCAGCACACAGGGCAACAGAUCUCCCACAGCCAAGCGGCGGAUUUCGAAGACAGUACGAGCCGCUGAUGUACAGAACGAAUUGCGAGAAACUCGAGAUUUCAAAAAGGAAAAGGAAAAGGCUGAGAAGCGGCAGACUUGGGCUCCUCAGGGCCUGCGUAAAUCUGAAAAGGACCGGGAACUAGGACAAGCGCAACAACAUGACGACUCAGCACAAGGAAGCGGACAGCGAUCUGAUGAAAGGCCGAAGGAAGAGCAGCGACAACAGCCGGUCUUCAAGGCGUACAGGCCGGGUGUCAUGGAGGGUCGAGAUGUGUCGUCCGUUGAAGCGCCGCCUGUCCCAGAGACACCCUCCGAGGUCCCUUCUAGGGGGCAAAGCGGACGACGUCGACCGCGGCGACCUCGACCCAACACGAUGAUGUUGUGAACGCGCUAAAGAAUCACAAGAUGAGAAAGAAGAUACGCGAGGAAAAGACUACGGAGAUUGCGGGAGUUUGAAGCAUGUACAGUCUACGG